GGGCUAUUGAUGCUUGAAACCGCGUGUAAUGUAGUUAAUGCAGUAGAAACAGAAUUUCUUUUAUUUUCGUUGUAAAAGUUUUGUUGGACAUAUAUAUUUUAAGAGAGUCAUCAAAGUGUGAUCUAGGCAUAGGUUGGUUUACUUCUGUGGUCAUUUAGAGUUGUCAGAUUUAAACUUCGUGUCAGAUGUUGAGAUUGCAGAGUCUUUGCUCUCUGUGAAUUGAUCUCAAUAGAAAGUCUUCCGGACUACAGGGCAGUCAUGGCAAAAAAUAAACAGAAAGGCAAAAAGCAGCAAAAUGUCUUUCAGAUUGCGAACAGACAGUCAAAACCUAAAAGCAAAGCGAAACCUGUGAAUACCUCACUGAAACACAUAAACACUUUGAAAAAUGCAAAAGUGGAGAAAUUGAAUCAGAUAUUCACAGAGGUACAGAGGGAAGUAAAAAGUAUAUCAAAAUCCACAUUCAUUGAACCCAAAAAAGGACAAAAGGUGGUCAGAGAAGCUCCACGGGAACCGGUCAAUGUGGAUAAUGCUGCGCAGCUUUUCUCGCAACUGUAGAAGAUCAUAAUUUCAAAUACAGGAAGCAAAAAGAAAAUGGACUCUGGACUAAAUGCGCUUCUCAAGCUUACUGGAAUAAACUUAAUUCCCAAAAGUAAAAAAAAAAAAAAAAAAAAAAAAAAAAAAAAA